UCGUCGUACGUUGAUCGUUUUGAUUUUACAUCAGCUGCUGCUCGUGCUCUGCGGCUGUCCACUUGGCGGGUCUUCAUAUCGGGUACAAUCCUCCGACACUCCAUCUGAACCAGACAAUCCAAAAAUGAGUGGUAUUGCAGUUAGGCGAUUAUUAGAAGAACGUAAAGCAUUGAGAAAAAAUCCUGCAUUUGGUUUUGUGGCUAAACCAGCCAAAAAUCAAGAUGGCACAUUGAACCUUAUGGUUUGGGAGUGCUAUAUACCUGGAAGAACCGGUACUCCUUGGGAAAAUGGAUCGUAUUUCUUACGUAUGACUUUCAAUGACGAUUAUCCAUCGACUCCACCAAAAUGCAGAUUUGUUCCUCCAUUAUUCCACCCCAAUGUUUAUCCCUCUGGUACUGUGUGCUUAUCAAUAUUGGACGAAGAAAAAGAUUGGCGUCCAGCUAUUACUAUUAAGCAGUUAUUGUUUGGAAUAAGAGAUCUUUUAAAUGAACCCAACAUCAGCGAUCCUGCCCAGGCUGAAGCUUAUCAUAUUUAUUGCAAAUAUCCGGAAGAAUAUAUCAAUCGUGUCCGUGCACAAGCCAAAGCGAUGUCCAGAGCAUAGUUGACAAAAAGAAGAUCAUGCAUUUAUUUGAUUACCCUACUAAAAUAGUAACAAUUCUCAAUACGUUUUUAUUUUCACUUCUGUAAAUCAAUAAGAAAUAUCCAAAUGUAUCAUUAACAACAUUAAACAUUCAAUAGCUUUCUCUCUUUUUUUUUAUAU